AGCACAUACAUAUUAUUACAUAUUUAAAUAGGUAAAUUCCAAAUAUGGGACUUAAUUCCAACUAUAGCACUCGCUAUCUGCGAUCUGCUACCCAGACAUCAAUCAGCUACCAGCCGCUAUAUGCUAUUUAUUACCUUGCUUUGCAUAGAGAUCUAAUACAAAAUCAACCAAUAGAAAGAAACAAACAUGAAAUUAAAAAGAAACGUUCCCACUCGCACUUGUGUCCCAGCCUGAAAUACCGGAAAAUUUUGUAUGCUCCAGAAUGCAUGCUUGAAACCCUGGUUGGACUGACCUUCAAAAAAGUGGCGAGCAUCUAUUCCUUCCCAUCCAAAACGUUUCCAGCAGGCCUCAGCGCUACAAUUAAAUAUUGCCAUCACUGCCUGCCCUUCCCCACACGAGCUCACGCAGUGAAAGCAAGGCAACAUGUCGUCGUUGACCAACCGAGUGUUUGGGGAGCCCCGGCCAGGGUGGUACUGGGCUUAUUACAUCAUUAAUAAUAUUCAAGAGUUAGUAACUGCUCUGACCCAAGUCCAUCCAGUGGUGCUGAUGUUCUGGGCGGACUGGAACCAAGCAAGCAAUGUCAUGGAGCGACCGUACUUUAAUAUGGGCGUUGCUAAAAAGGAUGAGGCCGUAUUCUGCCGGCUGGACUUCGACAAGUUUAAAGAUGUUGUAGAGAAGUUCAGAGUGAAGGAUCUGCCAACGUUCGUGCUGAUCAAGGAGGGCGAGGAGCAGCGCAGAGUCGUUGGCGCCAAGGUGGAGGAGCUCAACACGACUAUCAAGAACAACAUUUGAUGCGAUCCAUGCAUCCAGAACAAAGGCAUACACAUACCCAGGAUGUACAACUACCUCAUUCACCGCAGUAAGGGGGGUGCAUGUGCGAAACGAUCGACCGUGUCUUAUACUCCGUCCGUCCUAAAUUAAGUCUGUUAUGGAUCUGUCUACCUGUAACUCGUGCAAUUUAAGACUCACCAUCACUUGGGCAAUAUGUUGUACCCCAGCACCUGAAUUUGGUUUCUAGAAAAUUCGAGUGAUGGACCCAAAUCAA